AAUCCGGUUUGAGCUAGUUUUCCCUUCCAAUUGAACAGUAACGUCUCGCUGCGCUGUAUUAGACUGUAUUGGCACAGUUUUUCCAGAAUAUACCACUGUAUUUUCUGUUUCAGUUACUUUAAUUCGGCUCUUUUUCAUUUUUUUUGUUAAAAAAAACUCCCCACACAAACCAACAAUGCCUAAAAGGAGCAAAGCGGCGGCAGCAGCAGGAGGCGACUCAGCACCCAAGAGGAGAUCUCUUAGGUUGAAAGAUAAGCCUGCACCUGCAAAGGCAGAGGCCAAACCCAAGCCAAAGAAGGGACCUGCUAAGGCUAAGAAAGCCAAGGAAGUGGAAAAGGCCAAGCCUGAGGAAAAAGCACCAGAGGCCCCUGCUGAAAAUGGUGAAGCCAAAGCUGAGGACGAGGCUCCCGCUACGAACGCAGCCGAUCAGAAAGAUGAGGCAGCUGAAUAACAUCACCCAAGCUCUGUCUUUUACCAGUGCUCCCUGUACCUCUUUUCUUGUACAAUUCAGGGGAAUAUUUUUAUCAACUAUUUUCUAAAUACAGGUUUUUUAGUAGUUUGAUUGUAGAAAACACUUUUUUUUAAAACAAAACAAAAACAUCAAUUUGGACACAGGGAAAUUCAUCAAACCCCUCAAUUUUGCAUCAACAUAAAUUUGCGGUCAUUGUUACUGUCAGUGGAUUUCAUUUCAAUUUUAAAUGUGAAGGAGGGGAGGGUAUGGGGUGGGCUAGUGCUUCAAACACGGAAGCUUGACGAGCAGGGGCAACAACUGGAAGAGCUUACCUGCGUGGAGUACAUUCCAUAAGCUUUAUAAGGGACUGUCUGUAGUGUGUGCUGGGGUAGGGGUGGAUGUCACCGUACAACUCAUUGUUUUUUCUUGUUUAUAUUGAAGAACAGUGUUUUUAGAAUGUUUGUAAGUUUGUUUUGUUUUUCCCUCUUUGGUUAUUCAUGUAUUCAUGCAGUUUUCCUAACCAAUUUAAUCAAUAAAUCCUCAAAUUCCUAGUGCUGCAGCUCUCCCAUUUGAAACUGCAUCGCAUUUGUUGGUUGUGUCUGUCGUGUGAUAGCAUUGCAAUAAAUUUGUAUAGCUGCUGUGAAAAGAGUUUUCAGUCUGCAGUGUGUAACGGUACAUUGUAAGGAUGGUGAAAAAGGAAUUUGUUCUUAGCCACGCUAAAGUAGUAUUUACAUUAACAAGCAAACUGCUGAGGCUGGCUUCUUUACAGCCAACAGACAAACUGUACUUUCACACCAACAGUAGCCAUAUUUCUGUGGGUUUUAGGUGUUUGUAUCAAGUCCACCUGUGUUUUUUUUAUUUGCCUAGCAAUGUACUUGUGUAAUGAUUGUUAACAAACCAAUAAAACUCAGUUGCUAGCUGUUA